GUCGCUAGCCAUUUUCAGAACGGCUGAUCGUGCAUCGAAAGUGGAAGCCUGUGGUGUAAUGUAACGCGUUACGACGCAUUUGCGUUAGUUAAAACAUUCGUUGUAACGCGUGCCGGCGGGACCCUCGAAAUCGGAUGCACGAGCAGCCGGACGAAAGCCGGCAAACAGUGGUGCAGGCCGUCGGCGACACGGUAUCGCAACUCGGUGGCGCGACGGCGUUCCGUCACCGCCUCCCUGGAGGUGUAGUGUCUGCUGGCCCGCGGCUAGUAGAAAGCGCUCUUCCAACGCUGUGACCCCCUGCCCUGGGAUGCAUGGCCGUGCCCAAAAUGAACUGCAAACCGAUCGUCACGUAUGCAGGUGACAAGCAAGUGUUCAAAGCUAUUGAGCCUCUGCUUUUGGAAGGGUUGCCGCAGGAGCCUGUAGAGUGGACACGGUCCUAUGGGCGGGGCCCGAAGACGGUGUGGGUGGAGUGUCGCUUUGUCGAGUACGAUGCGGCCCAACUGUCUCGAGAGAAGGACUGCCGUCUGCUCGAUCAGGCACACCUGCACGUUUACUGCACCGAUUGCAAUGACCUGGAGGCAUAUCGGUCUCGGGUGCGAGAUGAAAUUAUCGAGUGGAUGUCGCAGCUCAAAGAAGCUGGCAUCUACGACUGGAUGCUGGUCGCCGUGGAGCCGACUGAUGCGCGGCGUGCCAACAAGGCCAAGCUCCUCUCACGUGCCACUGUGUAUGACCGCAUGCGCGCCGACUUCCCCAGCAAGACUUUUGACCGGUGUGUACAGGUGUCAACAGACUCGAGCGGUUCGGUCGGUGUGGCAGCGCUUCUGGGGCGUCUGCGGCAGCUACUGUUGCACGCCACGGGGCGCCAUCUGGGUCGUUACGAGGAGCUCAUACGGAUGCAGCGGGAGCGGAGAACCGCGUCCCAAUGGUCUUUCCUGCACUUCUUUUUCCUGCAGGAGGAGCUAGCGUUUGUGCUCGAGGCACUGGGGCUGUACGACGAGGCCCUGGUGCAGUAUGACGAGCUUGACGCCCUGUUUACGCAGGUGGUCAUCAAUUCGGCCAGUGGAGAGAUGCCCGAGUGGCUGUGCCAGUUAGCGCAGCUGGGCUGCGAGGCCUGGGGAGGGCUGCGGCUUGGCGUAGACCCCGCCCACAGUGCCGAGCGACAGCUCCUGCUGCGCAGCAAGGGUUCCCUGCUGCAGCUGCGCAACUACCUCUUCUCCCGACAAUGUGCCCUGCUUCGACUGCAGAAUCGAACAUCCGAGAUGGCAUCCCGUACCCUCUCGUUCCUACACAACACCGUCCACGAGCUAGGAAUACUGGAGUUGACUACACCGCCAGGCGCAGUGGCUUGCUGGGUGUUCACCAGCUGCCUAGAGGUGCUGUCUGCAUGCGAGGGUGAUGGCCCAGCAGAACAAGUGGCACCUGCUGCCAAUGCCACACCGUCACCAUUGCGACAGGGAGAGAAGCAGCAACAACCAGUGCAGGCGCAGCAACAGCAACAGCCACAGCAGCCGUCUACCAUGGUGAACGGUGCAGCAUACUCCUUGCACACUGUGGGGCUGUGGUCCUAUGCCAGAGAAAAGUUGAAGUAUUUGGGUGACCUGUGUGGCCUGAUGCCUGGCAGGGAGUCUACUUCUGAGCACCUGCUCACGGUGAUAGCGCUGCUUUCAGGCAUGCAGUCACCAGCUGCUGAGCUGGACAGCCAGUCGCCGCACAGUCAGCUCAGGGAGGCACUCUCUUCCAAGGAAUCCUUUCUCAAACACUACCUGGAUUUGUCAGAGCACACCAUGAUCAUGUUCAAACACACAGGACGGCUACGGUCGGCGAGGCUAGUCGGCAGAGAUUUGGCAGAGCUGUACAUCCAGCUGGGUGAGCCGCAGAAGGCAGUUCCCUUCUUGGUGGAGCUCGUGAGAAGCCAGGCGGACGAAGGGUGGCACCGGUUGGCAGCCAUUGGGCAACACCGCUUGCUCGACUGCUACGCUCAGACGGGCGAGUGGGGACGCUAUCUACGCGCUGCGCUGGCCCUGGCUACCUGCCCUGCCCUGCCCCUGGCCGAACGACUCCAGCUGUUCGAGGAGGUCCAGCCUUGCAUGCGGAACCUGAGUGAGAUGGGAGAUGGGCCUGUGGCUCUGCCCAUGGAAGGCCUGGUGUCGCUUGAGGCGGACGAGGCUAGUGGUUCCCUCCCGCUGCCACCACCAGCAUCAACAGUUCCACGGUGGGCCGAGGGCAGCGAGGUGGAGCUGUCGUUGACUCUAACGAGCCAGCUACCAGCCACCCUCAAGGGCUGCACCCUGACUCUACACCUGCACCGGCUAGAGUCACCACCGUCUGUACCCAACACACCCACCAAACAGCGUGGCCGGUGGAGUUGGCUAGCAUCGAGUGGUCGCCCUGGCGGGUGGAGUCCUCGCAUGGCUGUGCUGACACCACGCUUGACAUCGAGUCCCUCCGUGGGACGAGGAACCUCCGGUCACCAUGCUGCAGGAUCGGUGGGGCUGGUGUGCUCCAACCUGCCUGUUGUACCGCCUCAGGCACCGUGCCUCACGAACACUGGCGGUAGUGGCGACACCAUCGAGUUCCAGCUCCAAGGUGUUGACCUGGUGCCAGGAACCAAUCGGUUCACCUUCCACCACAAGGUGUCCCAAGUGGGGUACUACGUGGGCCGGCAGCUAGACCUGCGCUGGGAACAGCUCAGCCUGGCACAGCUCACCCUGGGCGGGAGCUUCACGAGCAGGGCGGGGAAGCUCUCGAUGGCCCGGCCGCCCGCCUUCACCGUUUACUAUGACAGCCCUAAGGUGGCACUGCACUUCCCACAGGGUGAGCUUCUGGCUGGCGUGCGGCAGAGGCUAGAGGUGGUGCUGACUUGCGGCAGUAUUCCCCUCACUGCCGAGCACCAGCUUCACCUGAAGGUAUCCAAAGGACUGCUCAUCAGGCCUAGCCAUAGACAGAUGGACUCCAAAACUGAAGACGCAAGCUCCGACUGUCCGCUGCCUCCAUCGUCUUCCUUGUCUCCACCCUUCUGCGACGACUGCCGCGUGCCAGUCGGAGAGCCCGGUCUGAGCGCGUCGUCUGCAGAAGGGCGCACCUUCUCGCUGGUGCUCCAGGCGCCGCUGGCACCCUCGACCUUACCUGCCACACACCACGUGGCUCUAGCGGUGGAAGACCCAGGCGGCGUGACUGUUCCAGGUUCCUCUCAAACAGUGGCGCUCCACUUCCUGGCACCCUUUGCAUGCACCCACCGGUUGCAGACCUGCGAGCAGCGGAAGUAUCUCCAAGUGAACCUUCAGGGCCUGACAUCGCAACCUUUCACAGUGGGAAAUGCCACCCUGCUGGCACUAGACAACGAGCCUGUGUACCUCAAACCCCUCCACUCAAGUUCACAACUGCUGAGGAUCAGUCCCGAGCAGUCGGCGUGCUUCCUCUGGGAGCUGCUCAAUGCUGAGGGCCAGCCGCUGCGCCUCUCCUUCUCUGUGCUCUACGUUCACGGCACGGGCGAGGAUCGUGUUGAAAACAGCUUCAGCCACACCUUCCGCAUCGAGGAUUACCAGACGCUAUACACAGUGCGUGUGCGAGUGGAGCCGCAGUCUGGAGCUGAGUUCUGCCGGGCAGACUGCGCAUGUAGCCUGCACGUGCACAUCAGUCAGCUACAGGCAACAGCGCCAUCUGCACUCAUGUACGAGCUCGUUCCAGACGCAACAACCUGGGCCGUGCUUGGACGCACUGCUGGGGUGCUGCAGCUGAGUCCUGAGCAGCGUGAGCAGACUGUCACGUUAGAAGUGAAGCCACUGCAGGUCGGGUUCCUGCCCGUACCCACAGUGAGGCUGUCACGGUACAUCCCAUCCUCCUCGUCUGGCGGUACACCUUCCAAGAGUCUCGGAUCUGAAGGCAGCAGUGCGCAGGGUACUGCCAAGCUGGAGCCAUUCCUGCCAGGCCAGGUGUACAAUUGGAGCCGAGCCACGCAGGUGCAUGUAUUGGCGCCUUCGACUACCAAUAGCGAGCCGCCUGGCUGAAGAGACGCAGCACCGUGUGUUCCUUAGAAAAGGCCUCGCGAGGGGUGGACAGCAGUGUUCAUCGUCAACCUCAGCACUGGCCUUGCCUGUAUUAUUUGCUGGACCCUUCCUUCCUCCUAGGCCACUGUACAAAGAGAGAGAAAGAGAGAAGGAAGAAAAAGGACUGGCUGCUGUCCUGAUAGGGGAUUGACAGGGACGUUUCCUCCGCCCAUCCUCGUCGUUGUGCCUCUUUCUCUUCCAGGAUUGCCCCGUUAUAAUUUUUUCAUUUUCCAGGACCAGUCUUAGCUCCUAUUGUCCACCCUGUGCUGCACCAUCCUGCAAUGACAGGUGUACGUUGCGCGAUACGAAGGGAAGCUAGAAAAACAUUGCAGAGUUUCGCACGCGCUCCUUGUAAAUGCUGUGCCUGUUUUUGCAGAAAACUUCCGUUAAAAAAUUCCCUGUUCCCCUCCACCCACCCCAGUAGUAGACCUGUUUUCCGACAAAAUUAGAAAACGUUUUCCUUGUUUCCUUGCUGUAACAUAUGAGUGACAUUCCCAAUGCUGUCUUUUGUGUAUUGUGAGUUGUUUCCAACUGUUUUUUCCUUGGGCUUACUUUGUAUGUAUGAAUCGGGGGUGCGCCAGCCUUCCUUUCUUCCUCCCAGCUCAGUCAGGCCCUGCUUUAGAUUGCUGUACAAAGUUGGAGACAAAGUCAGUACUCCCCCUCUUUUUUUUUCUUAGGAAACGUGUUACGCCGUUGUGAUGACAGCGGCAUGAAACUCCUAGCCUCCUGUAUUAAGGCCUCCUUUCGUCUCCGUCCGAAGAGGCCUCGAGGGUUGUAAAUGUUUGCCAAGCAACACGGCUCGGUGCCGGUGCUUCGUGUUUUGUUUUGUGCCUGUCAGGGUUGUUGCGCAGUGCUGCUCAGAGGCGUGUGUGUUGCUUUAGAAAACAAAAGAAUAAUAAAUAGGCAACAUUGUAAUUAAUUACCGCCACGCUUUAUUUAUUUUGUUCACACCAAUGGAUGCCCAGCCUGCCCUGCUUCUCCAAUCUUAAACAUCAAAAUAGUGGGCAACCAUACAGUGCCAGCCAGCAAACCAAGUGCUGCAUUGUUUCGAAAAACAGAAGCAGCAAGGGCUGCAGUUUGAAAGUACGCGUUUUUAUGUGUUGUGAUCCUAUGAUGCAAACUACACUGGGUUUUGCUGUCCAUCAUAUUAAGACAUAAGCAAAAUUUUAGCAGCAUGUGUGCACAUUUGCUCAAGGGCAUGACACCAACUGUAAAUAAAGAAGCAUGCAUUGUAGUAAUCAA